ACACCAAACAGGAAACUGUUAACCUUAUACUGCCCAGCUGGUUUAUUAUCAUCAUACAAGCACAGUUUAGCAUUUGUAUGGACAUACACAAGUGAUGGCUACGGACUGUGGUCAUAAACUCUGGGUUAUCUUGUGUAUUCCAGCUUCAUGUAAAUUUGCUAUAUGGUGGCUUUAACUGUUGUGUUUUUAAAUAUAACCUUUAUGUCACCCACCAACUCUUCACUUUGCUGCUGUGUUGGCUGUCACGUUGAAGAAGAACGCCCCAAAUACAAGCCUUUGGUCACACAGCUUGCAGCCCCUAAAAUCCCCGAGGGGGAGAGGGUGGACUUUGAUGAUAUCCACAGGAAACGGAUGGAGAAAGAUCUUCUGGAGCUUCAGACUUUGAUCGAUGUCCACUUUGAGCAGAGGAAGAAAGAGGAGGAGGAGUUGAUAGGACUCAAAGACAGGAUCGAGAGUCGCCGGGCAGAACGAGCAGAGCAGCAGCGUGUGAGGGCUGAAAAAGAGCGAUGCAGACAGACGAGGAUUGCGGAGGAGAGACAGAGGAAAGAAGACGAAGAGGCCAAGAAGAGAGCCGAUGAUGAGGCCAAGAAGAAGAAAGUUCUCUCCAACAUGGGGGCUCACUUUGGAGGGUUCCUGGCCAAGGUUGAGCAGAGGCGAGGCAAAAAACAAACUGCGCGGGAAAUCAAGAAGAAGACUUUGGCAGAGAGACGCAAGCCGCUGGCUAUUGAGAACCUGCGAGAAGACGGCCUGAGAGAGAGAGCCAAGGAGAUGUGGGAAUGUAUCUACCAGCUGGAGUCAGAUAAAUUUGACCUGACUGAGAAGAUGAGGAGGCAGAAGUAUGAGAUCAAUGUCCUUCUGAACAGAAUUCAACAUGCUCAGAAAUUCAAAAAGGUCCACGGGAAAGGCAAGGUUGGAGGACGCUGGAAGUGAACUCACAAAGGAAGAAGAUGGCUCACUAGUUUCAGUCGAAGAUUGCA